CAAAAAAAAAUAUGUAUCUCUCUCUAACAUUUUUCUUUCUCUCUAGAAAUUUCCGGUUUUCUAUCAUAAACUUGAUUUUGUUUUUGUUUCUUUAUAGGCGAAGUAGGUGAUUAAAAUACUCCUCUAUCCAUCUCUCCUUGUAAAACGUGUGGUUAAAAUUAGCGAAAUAAGACACUGUUAGGAGCAAAAGGUGGCUAGCUCACGAGCUAGCAUUUGAUUGAACAACAAUGUCGAACCUGGAACCAUCUGGGUCACAGAUGCUGAGCCGGAGACCGUCUCGCAGCGCUGCCACCACUACAUUCUCUCUUGAGGUUUUUGAUAAUGAGGUCGUCCCUUCCUCACUCGGUUCCAUCGCCCCUGUUCUCCGCAUUGCAGCUGAAAUCGAACAUGAACGCCCUCGCGUUGCCUAUCUCUGUAGGUUUUAUGCGUUUGAGAAAGCCCAUAGACUGGAUCCAAAUUCAAGUGGUCGUGGUGUGAGGCAGUUCAAGACAUCUUUGCUGCAGAGAUUGGAGAGGGACAAUAAUUCCAGUCUUGCCUCUCGGGUUAAAAAGACCGAUGCGCGGGAAAUCGAGAGCUUUUAUCAGCAGUACUAUGAACACUACGUUAGAGCACUUGACCAGGGAGAGCAAGCAGACCGAGCUCAACUUGGAAAAGCCUAUCAGACAGCUGGUGUUCUUUUUGAAGUGCUUUGUGCUGUUAACAAAACAGAGAAAGUAGAAGAAGUUGCUCCUGAGAUUAUUGCAGCAGCCAGAGAUGUCCAGGAAAAGAAAGAAAUAUAUGCCCCUUUCAACAUCCUUCCUCUGGAUUCUGCCGGGGCUUCACAGUCCAUAAUGCAGCUUGAGGAGGUCAAAGCUGCUGUUGCUGCACUGUGGAACACUCGUGGUUUGAACUGGCCCACUGCAUUUGAUCCACAAAGGCAGAAAGCUGGUGAUUUAGACAUUCUUGAUUGGCUGAGGGCCAUGUUUGGCUUUCAGGCAUACAAUGUCAGGAACCAGAGGGAGCAUUUGAUUUUACUACUUGCCAACAAACAUAUAAGGCUUAAUCCCAAGCCUGAACCUAUUAGCAAGCUUGAUGAUCGAGCUGUUGAUGAAGUUAUGAACAAGCUUUUUAAGAAUUAUAAAACAUGGUGCAAGUUUUUAGGGCGGAAACAUAGUUUAAGGCUCCCUCAAGGCCAGCCAGAAAUCCAGCAGAGAAAGAUACUGUACAUGGGCCUUUUUCUUCUCAUCUGGGGCGAGGCAGCAAAUGUUCGCUUCAUGCCUGAAUGUCUAUGCUAUAUUUUUCAUAAUAUGGCAUAUGAACUCCAUGGCCUGUUGGCUGGAAACGUCAGCAUCGUUACUGGAGAAAAUAUUAAGCCUUCUUAUGGUGGAGACGACGAGGCUUUCCUGAGGAAGGUUAUAACACCAAUUUACCAUGUAAUUGAAAAGGAAGCCAAUAAAAGCAAAAAUGGUAAAGCUUCACACUCACAGUGGUGCAAUUAUGAUGAUCUAAAUGAAUACUUCUGGUCAUCGGACUGCUUUUCUCUUGGUUGGCCUAUGCGUGAUGAUGGAAGUUUUUUUACAUCUACAAGAGAUGUGGGGAAAAAGGCUUCUUCAGAAAAACCCAGAAGCACAGGCAAAGCAUAUUUUGUAGAGACACGAACCUUUUGGCACAUUUUUCGAAGUUUUGACAGAUUGUGGACCUUUUAUAUUCUUGCUCUUCAGGCAAUGAUCAUCAUUGCUUGGAGUGGGGUCUCGAUUUUGAACAUUGUUCAAAAGGAUGUAUUAUAUCAGCUAUCCAGCAUUUUCAUCACAGCAGCCUGUCUUCGCUUGCUCCAAAGUAUUCUGGACCUUGUUCUGAACUUCCCAGGGUUCCACAAGUGGAAAUUCACUGAUGUCCUGAGAAAUGUGCUCAAGAUCAUUGUUAGUCUUGCAUGGGCAAUCAUUCUUCCACUAUGUUAUGUGCAUUCCUUCAAAGUGGCCCCUGAUAAAAUCAAAGAUUUGCUGUCAUUCUUUAAAGAAGUGAAGGACAUACCUGCACUAUACCUUUUGGCAGUGGCUGUAUACAUGCUUCCAAAUAUAUUGGCAGCUGCUUUGUUUAUCUUUCCCAUGCUGCGAAGAUGGAUUGAAAACUCAGACUGGCUGAUUAUCAGAUUUCUCUUAUGGUGGUCACAGCCAAGAAUUUAUGUUGGCAGGGGAAUGCAUGAGAGUCAAUUUGUACUCAUAAAGUAUACUGUUUUCUGGCUGUUACUUUUAUGUUCAAAAAUAGCAUUCAGCUAUUUUGUCCAGAUAAAACCUCUGGUGAAGCCAACGAAAGCUAUAAUGAACAUUCGGAAUGUAGAUUAUGAGUGGCACGAAUUUUUUCCAAAUGCUAAAAACAAUUAUGGAGCUGUUUUGUCACUCUGGUUACCAGUAAUCUUGGUCUAUUUUAUGGAUACUCAAAUUUGGUAUUCUAUUUUCUCAACCAUAUAUGGUGGCUUUGCCGGGGCCUUUGAUCGCCUAGGAGAGAUUCGAACUCUGGGCAUGCUGAGGUCACGGUUCCAGUCCUUACCCGGUGCAUUUAACACAUAUUUGGUUCCUUCAGAUAAGAAACGGAAGAAGGGCUUCUCUUUUUCAAAGAGAUUUUCUGAGGUUACUGCAAGCAAGAGAAGUGAAGCUGCCAAAUUUGCUCAGUUAUGGAAUGAAGUGAUAUGUAGUUUCCGUGAAGAAGAUCUCAUUAGUGACAGGGAGAUGGAUCUGUUGCUGGUACCAUAUACAUCAGAUCCUAGCCUCAAAUUAAUUCAGUGGCCACCGAUUAUGCUUGCAAGCAAGAUCCCGAUAGCUUUGGAUAUGGCAGUGCAAUUCCGAUCAAGGGAUGCGGACCUCUGGAAACGCAUAUGUGCAGAUGAAUACAUGAAAUGUGCAGUCAUUGAAUGCUACGAAUCCUUUAAACAUGUCCUGAAUAUUUUGGUAGUUGGAGAAAUUGAGAAAAGGAUACUUAGCAUCAUCUUUAAAGAAGUUGAGAGUAAUAUUUCAAAGAACACACUUCUUACAAAUUUCAGAAUGGGUCCCUUACCAGCAUUAUGUAACAAAUUUGUGGAGCUCGUGAUAUUAUUGAAAGAUGCUGAUCCCUCCAAGCAAAAUACCGUGGUGUUGAUACUGCAGGACAUGUUAGAAGUAUUUACUAAUGAUAUGAUGGUGAAUGAGAAUCGUGAAUUGGUAGACCUUGGGCAAAGUGGCAAGGAUUCUGGAAGACAAGUGUUUUCUGGUACUGACACAAAACCUGCUAUAAUGUUCCCUCCUGUAGUUACAGCACAAUGGGAAGAACAGAUAAGACGCAUUCAUCUCCUUUUGACGGUGAACGAAUUUGCCAAUGAUGUCCCAACAAACCUUGAAGCACGUAGGAGGAUUUCAUUCUUUACAAAUUCGUUGUUUAUGGACAUGCCACGUCCUCCUCGAGUCCGUAAAAUGCUCUCAUUCAGUGUCUUAACCCCCUACUAUAGUGAAGAGACAGUUUAUUCCAAAUCUGAUCUUGAAAUGGAGAAUGAAGAUGGUGUAUCAAUCAUCUACUACUUGCAAAAGAUUUACCCAGAUGAAUGGAAUAACUUCAUGGAAAGAAUAAAUUGCAAAAAAGAGAGUGAGGUUUGGGAAAAUGAAGAAAAUAUUUUGCAACUUCGUCAUUGGGGCUCCUUGAGAGGUCAAACUCUCUGUCGCACAGUUAGAGGGAUGAUGUACUAUAGACGAGCUUUAAGACUUCAAGCUUUCCUUGAUAUGGCUAAAGAAAGUGAGAUACUAGAAGGUUACAAAGCCAUCACAGAUCCAACUGAGGAAGAUAAGAAAAGUCAAAGAUCUGUGAGUGCUCAAAUAGAGGCAGUAGCGGACAUGAAAUUCACUUAUGUUGCUACCUGUCAGAACUAUGGAAAUCAGAAGAGGAGUGGAGAUCGUCGUGCAACAGACAUUCUCAAUUUAAUGGUCAAUAAUCCCUCUCUCCGUGUUGCAUAUAUUGACGAAGUUGAAGAAAGAGAAAGGGAAGGUGGCAAGGUACAGAAGGUUUAUUAUUCUGUAUUGGUAAAAGCUGUUGAUAAUCUUGAUCAGGAAAUAUAUCGCAUAAGAUUGCCAGGUACAGCUAAAUUAGGAGAAGGAAAGCCUGAGAAUCAGAAUCAUGCCAUUAUAUUUACUCGAGGGGAAGCUCUGCAAGCCAUUGACAUGAAUCAGGAUAAUUACUUAGAAGAAGCACUUAAAAUGCGUAACCUUCUUGAAGAAUUUAAUGAGGAUCAUGGAGUGCUUCCACCUACAAUUUUGGGUGUUCGGGAGCAUAUCUUUACUGGAAGUGUCUCUUCUUUGGCUUGGUUCAUGUCAAACCAAGAAACGAGUUUUGUCACCAUUGGUCAAAGGGUUCUAGCAAGACCAUUGAAGGUCCGGUUCCAUUAUGGGCAUCCAGAUGUGUUUGAUAGAAUCUUUCACGUAACACGUGGUGGCAUCAGCAAGGCUUCUCAUGGCAUCAAUUUGAGUGAGGACAUAUUUGCUGGUUUCAACUCAACACUGAGACGAGGGAAUGUCACUCAUCAUGAGUAUAUUCAAGUUGGGAAAGGUCGAGAUGUCGGGCUCAACCAAAUCUCUCUGUUUGAAGCAAAGGUAGCAUGUGGUAAUGGGGAGCAGACACUCAGCAGGGAUAUCUAUCGACUAGGCCAUCGUUUUGAUUUCUUCCGCAUGCUGUCCUGUUAUUAUACAACGAUCGGAUUUUACGUCAGUUCAAUGAUAGUUGUCCUUACGGUAUAUGCUUUCUUGUAUUGUAAACUUUACCUGUCAUUAAGUGGAUUGGAGGAAUCAAUAAUUAAGUAUGCACGGGCUAGGGGAAAUGAUCCCCUAAAAGCAGCCAUGGCCUCACAGUCUCUUGUUCAGAUUGGUUUUCUGAUGGCGUUGCCCAUGGUCAUGGAGAUGGGGCUAGAGAGAGGGUUCAGAACAGCAUUAGGUGACAUAAUAAUCAUGCAGCUUCAGCUUGCUUCUGUCUUCUUCACCUUUUCCCUUGGGACUAAGGUCCAUUAUUUUGGGCGCACUAUCCUGCAUGGUGGAGCAAAAUACAGGGCUACUGGGCGUGGUUUUGUGGUUCGGCAUCAGAAAUUUGCUGAGAACUAUAGGAUGUACUCGAGGAGUCACUUUGUGAAAGGACUGGAGCUUUUAAUAUUGCUUAUAUGUUAUAAGAUAUAUGGAAAAGCAGCAAGUGGAGUAGGCUUUGCACUUGUCACGGCCUCAAUGUGGUUCUUAGUGACUUCUUUUUUGUUUGCUCCUUUCCUUUUCAAUCCAUCCGGAUUUGAGUGGCAGAAGAUUGUGGAUGAUUGGGAUGAUUGGUCAAAGUGGAUAAGCAGCCAGGGUGGCAUUGGUGUCCCAGCAAACAAGAGCUGGGAGUCUUGGUGGGAUGAGGAACAGGAGCACCUGCAACACACUGGAUUUUUAGGCCGGUUCUGGGAGAUAUUUCUCUCUUUGCGUUUCUUCAUCUAUCAAUAUGGAAUUGUAUACCAGCUAAAAGCAGUCAAGGAAAGCACGCCUGGAAGAAGCCGGAGUGCUAUUGUAUAUGGUCUGUCGUGGCUGGUCAUUGUUGCUAUGAUGAUCAUCUUAAAGAUUGUUUCCAUGGGAAGAAAGAAGUUUAGUGCAGAUUUUCAGCUCAUGUUUAGGCUUCUUAAGCUGUUUCUCUUUAUUGGAUCUGUGAUCACUCUCGUUAUCCUGUUCACCACUCUUCACCUCACAGUUGGAGACAUCUUUCAGAGUCUGCUAGCUUUUCUGCCGACUGGUUUGGCAAUUCUGCAGAUAGCACAAGCUUGCAGGCCAGUAGUGAAGGGCCUUAAAAUGUGGGGAUCUGUGAAAGCUCUAGCCCGUGGGUACGAGUACAUGAUGGCUUUGGUCAUCUUUGCACCAGUGGCUGUACUUGCCUGGUUCCCAUUCGUUUCAGAAUUCCAGACCAGGCUGCUGUUUAACCAAGCUUUCAGCCGAGGGCUUCAGAUUCAACGUAUCUUGGCUGGCGGAAAGAAAAACAAAUGAGGUUUGCGUAUACGGGGUUGUGAUCGUAUAGCGAUUGAGAAAUAUGAAAAAAAAAAAUAGCUGACACUGAGAAUGUAUGAACUGCUAGGACUUCCAGUUCAUAACACUUCACCCUGAUAUUUUUCUUAUAAACGAAUACUGUCGGUGUACUGUAGGCACAAAUGUCAACAUCAUGUUGUCAUUGUGUUUUCCUGUCUAUGUAUUCACCGUUGAUUGUAUGGAUUCCUGAGGAGAAUGAUAUUCAAUUAAUUGAAUUGUUGAUCA